GGAAAAAAGAAAAAAAAAAAAUUUAUAUCACCUCAUCCAAUGUGCACAGCGAAAGCAAUUGCUUCAAAAAUUCUCGCAAAAUAUAUAGAGAGAAAAAAAAGCACUGGCGCGAUCACAGCGUAUCCAUAAAUGUACGCAGCAAGUGUAAACAUUUGUGUGUUCAGUUUUGGAAGAGUAGAACGCACGUGAUAGUGAUAGCUUAACCCGAGCAGCGCGAUUUGCAAUCAAGGAAGAAAAAAAAAAAAUAAAAAAUAAAAAAUAACCUUUGCGGACCGCACUGAACACGAAAGGGGCCCCCUCACUCAUCAGCAAACCGCGAGAAGAACUAAAUUGCAUGAGGGAGCUAGCAGUCGAACAAGAGAAGAAGUGAUUGAAAAGGCGAGGUGACUGAACGGGCGAAGUGACGGCAUAUCGCACCCCCCGUUAAGGAAGCAAAAACGGAAGAACAAGGUUAACACGCCCAUCACCCACAACGAGCAAUUGCCCAACACGCUGCACGCAUCACCUCACGAAGGGACCAGUCCAAAUCUGUGUGCAUCCCUCCAAAGCAUCACAUCACAUCGCACCACAUCUGAGCGUGACGCCGUUUCCAGUAGACCAACCAGCUAUACACCAAGAUAAAAUAAGGGAACCCUUUAAAAUGAACAAAAAAUGCGAAGAGAUAAAAUUAAACUACUACACGUGCUUGAAUAGAAGCAAGAGGAACCCGGGCAAGUGCAGGGAUGUGGAAGCCGAGCUCAGGGAAUGCUCCAAAACGACAGGGGAGUCCUACUGCAUAGACGAGAUUAACAACCUUAUGGAUUGCUCCAGGACCCCAGAUCCCACAGCUUGCGCGAAGGAGUUUUUCCUUUUCCGCGAGUGCAACCGGCCGGAUGGACGGCACAUGAUGAUAGAGGACGGAAAAUACGUCAUCGCGAAGGAACACCUGGACAAGUACAACGUCAGCAGCGCCAUCAUAGGGCCGGUGGACGCCCCAGAAAGGGUCAACUCCAACACGGCGGCUUUUCUGGAAAAAAUGAAAGAAACUUUGCACUUAAAAAAUUUUAAGGAAAAAUUCGUUGCAUACAAGUGGUGAAUGUGCAGAAGCGCGGUUAUGAGGGCAGGGUAAUUUCUAUCCCUCCAGUGUGUUCUUUUUUUUUUUUUCUCGUUU